AUGGUGAACCAGAUGAAGCAGUCACCAAUCAGAGCAGCAGGAUCUGAACAUGGGAGUUCCAAAGCUAAAUUAUUGCUUUCAGUGCAUGGUUUCUGGUUUUGGCAACAAGGCUACUGGCUAAAAGAUGACAAGGGAGUAAAGUACGGCUGGGGCCUGCCUGAAAUAGUGGACCAGUAUCAGGGAGGCAUUCAUAAGAUACAAGAGAGCACAAAAGUGAUUGACCAGCUCUCAUCAUUUAGACUUAUUAUUCUUUCUCUCUCCUCUCCUCCCCCGCCCCCGUUUUGUUUUGUUUUAAAAUUGGCAAUAGGCUCACCUGCAACGUCAGGUUACUAUGGUGUUAGAAGAUCUUUUUUAUCUGACUCGGAUUUCCACAACAGUAAACAAUUUUCAAAUGAUGGCUACCAAUCAACCCUGGCUAAACCCUUUUCCUGUGAGUCCUCUGCAAUGCAAAAUUACCCACCGAUCCUGGAUUCCUACUUUUCCGAGCCUUAUGGAGACUACCGCCCGGCAGCUCUCACCCCCAACACGAGCUCUCUCUUUGGUGCUUCGCCCUUGCCCCCGCCGCUUCUACAACCACAUUUUCCAAGUGACUCCACCCACUUCGUAUUUAGAGACUCAUGGGAGCAAACAGUGCCUGAUAGCCUUAACCAGCCUGAUGUGGCGUCUUCAGACCCACUGCAAACACUACCAGCUGGCACUAAUUGCCUUUCACCACAGGAGUCUGGAAGCCCCUCUCAACACAGAAGCUCUGGUUGGGGGGCUGCUGUCCCUGGAGCUCAGCCCUACUCACUGCAUGCCCUGGAGGACCUACAUUAUACAUCAGGUUACCCCACUCCUUCCUCCUACUCUUUCACACCUUUUAUGACAGUGACCAAUGAUUUAACUCCCAAGGUGAUUCAGCUCUCUUCAGAUGAGUCCCUGGAUACAACCUCUCUUCAUGAGAAUCUAUCCUGGACAAAGGACGAUGGGAAUGGGGUAUGGGGGUCCUAUGAAUGUCGAAGAGCUUACUGAGAAAAAAAAAAUCUCACUUGUAAUAAUAUGCUUUCAAAUACUGAUGUUUUCACUCAGUAAAUAGGUCUGUCAGUUCAUUCAAAGACUAAUUUUCAAGGGAUGUAGUAAUUGUUUUAUGUUUUUUUUAAGAAUAUCAAAAAGUCACCUGACAGUGGGACACUGGUAUAUUCACAAUGCGGUGAUACACAUCUUUAAGAUGUCAUGCCCUGGAACAUUGGCAGGCCAUCCGUGUGACUUGUACCAUAGGACUGCAGUCAACUGCAUUUUGAUACUUCUACAAUUCUAUUUUCCAAGAAAGACCUACUUCACAUUGAAUUUUGCUGUAGAAUUAGUAACUGCAUUGCAACAAAAUUUUACUAGAUAUACUCAGAAAUUUAACACUGAGAUGAAGAACCAUUUCUUGACACCAGUACUUUCAUUAAUGGACAUCAAAUCCAAUAUAUGUCAUACAACAUACUGAUUUUCAUGUUCAAUAUGUCAUAUUUGAGAGGUCCAUGUCAUUUAAUAUAAAAUAGUGUUCUUUGAAAUUGACUUCAGGAAAACCUAGAUUUAAAUCCUGCCUCUGACACUAAUUUGGGGAUCAUAGACAAGUCACUUAGCCUCUGUGGGCUUCAUGCAACUCUCUAAAGUUUACAUACUAAAUUACAGGCCAGUUGAUCUGCCCAUGUGAAGGGAGAUCUCACAUUUAAGACAUCGUUGAAAUUGAUGGUGUUGUUUUGAAGA